AUGCAGCUGGCAGUGCCCCAGAGGGCACUGACGGUGCGCCCCAGAGGGGCGCGCACUGCCAGGAGCCAUGGGCGGAGUGCGGUGCUGGUUCGGAGCAUGCUGGGCCCCUACCAGUACAAGACGCGGGUGGCACGCCUGCGGCUCAAGGGCGCGCAGGUGCACGAGUUUGGGGACCGCGUGCUGCAGCAGGGCAGCUUUGGCGACGACGUCAUGCAGCUGCAGGCGUACCUUGCGGAGCAGGGCUACUUCUCCAGCGACGACGGGCUGAGCGGCUACUUUGGCGACGUGACGGGGCAGGCGCUGCAGGCCUGGCAGCGCGACCAGGGGCUGCGCGUCACCGGCGUGUUUGACGGGGACUGCAAGUGGACUUACCUGCGGGAGCAGGAGGCGGCGCUGCAGCAGGCUGCCCAGGCCCAGGCUCAGCAGGUGGCCCUGGUGGUGCGCCCUCCCUCGGUGCCCGACAGCUGGCGCGUGCAGCAGCCUGGGCUGGCCACCGGCGCGCUGGGGCUGGCUGCGCUGGUGGCGGGCGCCUCCCUGGCCAACUCGCGCAUCAAAGAGGGCCGGCCGGUGCCGGGCGUGACGGAGCUGGGCCGCCUGCUGCGCUGGGCCGUGCACACCCUGGCUGGCGCCACCGCGGCUGUCGGCCGCGGCGCGGCGGUGGCCGGCCGCGCCGUGCAGCAGGCGCUGGAGCCCCCGCCGGCGCCGGCGCCACGGCGCCGCCGCACGCUGACCCCGCGCCCCGAGGAGUGUGCCGCCGGAGCUGCGGCUGUCGUGGGCAAGCGGCAGGAGUAUGCCGCCGCCGCGGCGGCAGCCAGCCUGGCCGCUCGCCAGGCGGCAGCCCAGGAGGCUGCCUACCUGUCGGCGGCGGGCGGCCCCGCGCCACAGGCGCCGCACGGCAAGGCGCAGCGGCUUUCGGAGGACGAGCUGCAGCAGCGCAUCGCGGUGAUGAAGGGGGAGGUGUCCCCACGCACCCCGGUGCCGCAGCGCCCCGCACCCCGCAAGCUGCCCCUGGGCCGGCCCAAGCCCGCCGACGACCCCAUCACCGGCAGCAAGUAUGGCACCUACUACGGCGGGCGCCAGGUGCGGGACCAGGUGAAGCAGUACCUGGAGGGGGACUCGGGCGCCUCGAGGGCCGCCACGCCCGCAGGACGCCGCACCGAGGGGCUGGGCUUCCAGAUGAGCGCCCGCCCCCGCCCCGCCAGCAAGCCCGCCAAGCCGAGCAUGGUGCUGGCGCAGGCGUCUGCCCGGCCCGUUGAGCUGGCCGCGGCGCCGGUGCCGGCUGCUGAGGUGGAGGUGGCGCUGGCUGGGGAGGCCUUCAAGGAUGUGGGGGUGGCGCAGGUGGCUGCACAGGCGGCGGCCGGCGCGUCGGUGCUGCUGGCGGGCACUGAACUGGAGAAGGGCCCCGAGCGGCGCGGCCCCCACGUGCCCGUGGUCAAGCCGGGCAUGGCCUCCCCGCCGGCCGUGCAGCUCAACGGCGGCGGCGCCCCCGCCCCCGCCCCCGCCCCCCGCUCCGUGCCCGUGGUCAAGCCCCAGAAGCGGGCCACCAUCGGGGACAUGCUGCGCUCGUCGCUGAUGGGCGACGGCGCCGCGCCGCAGCCCGACGCACCGCUGCACUCUGUGGAUGGCGGCUACGGGUACGCGGCGGCGCCGCCCCGGCAGCAGCAGCAGGCGGCCGCGCCGCGCCCCGUCAACACCGGCAGCAGCUACGGCAGCGGCGCCGUGGAGGAGGCGGCGGGCGGCGCCGCUGUGCAGUACAACUCCGAUGGCAGCGUGGUGCUGGCCAGCAAGCCCAUCAAGCUGGUCAAGCCCGCGCACCUGCUGCCCAAGACAUACGGGUAUGAGGGCGGGGAGCAGGCCGCCCCUACCGCCGACCAGCGCUACCCGUCGGCGGCGCCCCAGCGGGAGCAGCUGACUGAUGGCGACAUGUUUGGCGGCUUCCGCCGCCGCGGCUUCUGA